AGGGAGCUUUUACUCUCAGUACAGUGACCCUCUGCAGGUGGACAUUCAUGGGUGACUCUACACAGUGGGAGUAUAAAUGGUACAGAGAUGAACAGGAGCUUCCUGCAGAUGAGAGUGACUCCAGCAGAGCAGAUAGAAACAUUUACAGGAUCCACUUUGUAGGUCCAUCCCAUUCUGGGAAAUACCAAUGUUCUGGAAGACCUACAAGGGGAACAGUCAACUCCCCAAUUAGCGACCCUAUUACUCUGACUAUGAAUUGGGAAAUCCCAAAGCCGGAACUAUCCCUCGAUUUCUCACAUGGAGAGACCUACACAGGAGAGAGGAUCAGUCUGAGCUGUAGGGUCAGGGGAGCCUCUUCUGGCUGGAAGUAUCUCUGGUACAAAGACAGACAGGGAACAGAACUGUCCAACCCUGACAACAGCAGGACUGAUGGGUCCAGUUACACCAUCAUCUCUGCUGCUCUGUCCCACAGUGGACAGUACUGGUGUCGGGCUCAGAGAGGGAGCUUUUACUCUCAGUACAGUGACCCUCUGCAGGUGGAUAUUCAUGAUCUACCCCAAGCCCUGCUGACGCUGCAGUCUGGAUGGACAGACUUGUUUCCCACUGAAAGAGUAACUUUGAGGUGUGAACUUCAGGGUGACUCUACACAGUGGGAGUAUAAAUGGUACAGAGAUGGACAGGAGCUUCCUGCAGAUGAGAGUGACUCCAGCAGAGCAGAUAGAAACAAUUACAGGAUCCACUCUGCUGGUCCAUCCCAUCCUGGGAAAUACCAAUGUUCUGGAAGACCUACAAGGGGAACAGUCAACUCCCCAAUUAGCAACCCUAUUACUCUGACUGUGAAUCGGGAAAUCCCAAAGCCGGAACUAUCCCUCGAUUCUUCACAUGGAGAGACCUACACAGGAGAGAGGAUCAGUCUGAGCUGUAGGGUCAGGGGAGCCUCUUCUGGCUGGAAGUAUCUCUGGUACAAAGACAGACAGGGAACAGAACUGUCCAACCCUGACAACAGCAGCACUGAUGGCUCCAGUUACACCAUCAUCUCUGCUGCUCUGUCCCACAGUGGACAGUACUGGUGUCGGGCUCAGAGAGGGAGCUUUUACUCUCAGUACAGUGACCCUCUGCAGCUCGACAUUCUUGGUAAGUUAGUGAGAGAGAAAAAGAAACUUUUCACUGAUGCCGUAAUGAUUUCUGAUUAA